UCGGUGGGUUCGAGUCCUUAAGGAUGGCUGGCGUCCGGAAGGGCACCCGGGAGUCCAGAGGAGAACCCAGUGGAUGGAGAGAGGAGGAAAUCGGUGCGUUCGAGUCCCUGAGGAUGGCUGGCGUCCGGAAGGGCACCCGGGAGUCCAGAGGUGAUCCCAGUGGAUGGAGAGAGGAGGAAAUCGGUGGGUUCGAGUCCUUAAGGAUGGCUGGCGUCCGGAAGGGCACCCGGGAGUCCAUGCGAGCGCCCAGUGGAUGGAGAGAGGAGGAAAUCGGUGCAUUCGAGUCCCUGAGGAAGGUUGGCAUCUGGAAGGGCACCCGGGAGUCCAGACGAGCGCCCAGUGGAUGGAGAGAGGAGGAAAUCGGUGCGUUUGGGUCCCUGAGGAAGGUUGGCGUCUGGAAGGGCACCCGGGAGUCCAGAGGAGCACCCAGCGAAUGGAGAGAGGAAGAAAUCGGUGCGUUCGAGUCCCUGGGGAAGGUUGGCGUCUGGAAGGGCACCCGGGAGUCCAGACGAGCACCCAGUGGACGUCUCCUGUGGGGCGAGGCAGAGGAAACAUCGAAGGGAGAUUUCGAAACGUAGUCCGGAUACCAUUACACGAAAUUCGCAUCGGAUAAGGAGUGUUCUUCUUGCUCAGGAUUGCUUGGUCCAUUUUAAUCAUGAAUCAAGGAGGUUCCGGGCACUGCAGCUGACCGCCGCUGCUUCCUCUGCUGCUGAGACUUCGCUGAGCAAGAAGACAAGGUAAGGACUGACCCGAUGUUUUGGUUCUUGGUUUGGGUCGGCACGUUCGUAUGUGGUAUGGGAGACUUUAUAUAUGUAUAUAUAUAUAUAUAUAUAUAUAUAUAUAUAUAUAUAUAUAUAUAUAUAUAUGUAUAU